GUUCGCGGGAGCGCGCGUUUAUUCCCGAGCCGCAGUCGCGAAGAGCGUGUGCGGGAGCGCGCCUGGGAUUUUCUGUUCUUUCUCCUGGAGGAACAUCACAUCUGAUUUUAAACGCGUGCAGGAAUUAUCCAGUGGGCUUUAAUGUGAACACACACACACACAGAGACAGUGUGAGUGUGUGUGUGUGUGUGUGUUUAUUGUGUUGGAUAAAGGGAUGAGCUGAUACACAUGUGAUGGAUCACACUGAUCACACAUUUCUGGAAUGAUGGAAAACCUGUUAGGAAUAUAAACACACUUUACAGCUUGGAGUGUGAGCAGGACAUCAUCCUCACAGCACACAUGCACAGUCAUGUCUGAGAAAAAUAUAUUAUGGCCAGACAACAGGAACUCUCAGCCACAGAUAAACUGAGAAUGAUUUUGGCAGAUUUGGCUGGAAUAUAGAGACAAAAACACCACAUCUGGAGGAAAAAAUUAAGCAGUGUGUGUGAGAGAGCUGAGAAGACCAGAGCCUGGAGGUCGAACUCACAAGCUGAACAUAAUCACGCACAAUAAUGAAGAUUAAAUACACCAUCUCCUUGGUCUUCAUAGUGGCUGUGAUCAUCAUCGAGAAGGAGAACAACAUCAUCUCCAAGGUCUCGGACAAGCUCUCUCUGAAGCAGACAUCUCAGACUCCACUCCAGACCAGCGGAUCGUCUUGGGCGUCUCUCCGACAAAAUGCCUCCAGUGUCCCGGUCCUGUCUGAGCUCGACUUCUCAUCUUAUCUGGAAGAAAAAUGGCGUCUGGAGAACAUCACCGAGCCCAGCGUAGGCGGGAAACACAUACUCCUAUUGGCCACGACGCGUACAGGUUCCUCGUUUGUGGGUGAGUUUUUUAACCAGCACGGCGCCAACAUGUUCUACCUGUUUGAGCCACUUUGGCACGUGGAGCGCAUGCUAACUCUGGAGGGUGGAGGGACCAAUGGUACAGUUUUGACGCAGGCUUACCGUGACGUUCUCCGUCAGCUCUUCUUGUGUGAUUUCUCCUUGCUGGAGAGCUUCAUCGAGCCACCCCCAAAGGAUCACAUAACGACAGGACUAUUUCGUCGUGAGUCCAGCCAGUCAUUGUGCAACGAUCCCGUCUGCACACCGUUUGUGAAGAAGGGUUACGAGCCUUACCAUUGCCGUAAGCGGCGUUGCGGUCCACUAAACCUCACGCUAGCAUCCCAGUCCUGCCUGGAGAAGGAGCACCAUGCCAUAAAGUCUGUACGAGUACGGCAACUAGAGACGCUACGAUCAUUAGCAGAAGAUCCACGACUGGAUUUGAAGGUUAUUCAGCUGGUCCGGGAUCCUCGAGCCAUGUUAGCAUCUCGUAUGGUUGCCUUUGCGAACAAAUAUGAGCACUGGAAGAGGUGGACCAUGGACGGAGACAUUCCUGAGGACGACAACGAAGUGAGGAAGCUCAAAGGGAACUGUGAGAACAUCCGCAUGUCUGCGGAAGUGGGUCUCAAACAGCCCCCGUGGUUGCGUGGACGAUACAUGCUAGUGCGUUACGAGGACAUCGCCAUGUUUCCUAUGCUUAAGGCAGCUGAGAUGUACCGGUUUACCGGCAUCCCGUUCACUGCCCAGGUGAAGGAGUGGAUCUUGAGGAACACGCAAGCAUCCGAUAAGGCCAGUGGAGUGUACUCCACCCAGAAAAACUCAUCCCAGCAGAUGGAGAAAUGGAGGUUCAGUAUGCCGUUUAAACUCGCACGGAUGGUUCAGAAAAUUUGUGGUCCCACCAUGAAUUUGUUCGGGUACACGUUCGCAGAAAGCGAAGAGAUGCUGACUGACAAAUCGAUCAGUUUGAUCGAAGAAAGGACUUUCUUAUGACCAUAGAACAAUUUUUUUACACAGAACUUAGACUUUUUUAGAAAAGAUUUUUUUGAAAUUCUAUUUAUUAUGAAGACUCCAGGAAGAAACCAGGACAAGAGCUGAAAGAUCAAAUGUACAAACUACAAACCGUAUCACAAACAUCACAAACAUCAUGGAGGGAUGUAGAGAAAUUAAUGUGAUCAGAAAUCAUUAUCUUGUUCCUACGACAUUUUACUCUUUUAUGUCCAUAAGCCGAACAUAUCAUGUAGCAGAGGACAUCAUUUUUCUUUUAUUGAUCAUUUCUGCUUUCAGCCAGUUCGGGUUUCCGCUUAGUUACGAUUGCUGUUUUCAUCCCAAAGAUGAAACUUAAGACACAAAACUUUAUUGUAAUACUUGGAACUCCGUUGAAACGGUACUUGUUACCAAAAAUCGACCAAAAAUUCUAACGCUGAUGUUGCUGUGUGUGUGAAUGCUAAUGGCCAGGAUCCAGGGGGACGUAUUCCUUGAAGGUAAAUAGUUUAAUAUUUAUAAUUAGCAUGUGAACUUCAACAGCAUCCGAUAUUCAUUUUAUAACGAAAUUCUGAGCUCUUGGUUUAAACUUUGGUUACCGGUUUCCUAUAUUACCCACAAUCCCAUUGGAUUUCCUGCUGAUAGUUGCGCAAUGGGACAUUUUCAGUUGUUAGAAUGCUAACACAAACGUUUCACUAAGGAACGUUAUCUGCCUCAGUAAAAAGCUAAGGUAAUAAGUUAGCUAAUUAAAGCUGUCAAUUACACAUAGACUAGUGGAGUAAUAAACAGGUUUACAAAUUAGCUAGUUAAUUACUCUAGCUACAGAUUCUUAAAUACCUGAUUUUCUAGCUAUGUUGCUAAUCAUCUUGUUGACUAACUGAAAGGGUUACUAGCGACUGAGCUAGUUUUCUCAAUGUGUUAUUUUUGUAACCUUCUCCAAAACUUUUGGAUAAGUAGCUGAAUGUUCUCUGUUUGCGUACAUGCUAGGUCAAAGUUUGUUUUAGGCUUGAAGCUGCCUGUUAAAAAAGUAACCGUGUUAAUUAUUGUUAUUAUUAUUUUUUAUAUUCUCUCCAGUUUUGGCUUGCUAAGUAUGUGUUUUUGGAGGGAAUUCACAUUUAGUGUAUUUGUAAUUUGUGUGUGUGUGUGUGUGUGUGUGUGUACCACGUGUGUUAGGGACAUUCCUUCUGCAGCUGGCUUGCAGAAAUGUGUGAAUUCGUCUCCAGAGGUUUUGGCUGUAGACAACUUCUGUCAACACUCUUAUAAUUGAUGUUAAUGUGGGAAAACGUUAGCAUCCAAACCCCGCUGUGCGCUCCAGUUCCGUUUUUAACAUGCGCCAUGUCGACUCGCCUUUAUCACUCCAAAGUGUGUAUGAACUAAUUCACAUCAGUGGCCACUUGCAGCAAAAAAAAGAGUGUUUAGCAAAAAAAAAAAAAAAAAAAAAAACGGCAUGGCAGCUAACUAGCUGCUUCACAAGAUAGCCGAUCUGUAAACAAGCUAGCUUACUUACUAUCUAGUACAAUAAAACAAUCUGGAUAAGUAACUAGCUAGGGUACUAAGUGUGCUAACAAGCGACUGAGCUAACUAACUUGCACAAUUUUAGCUUUCAAUUACAGAUAAAGAACUGGAGUAAAAAAAAACAAACAUGCUAAUUAGCUUGUUCACUAAUUAGCUACAAUACUCUAGCUACAAGUUUUUAAGUGUCUGAUUUGCCAGCUAUAUUGCUAUACAUCUAGUUCACUAACUAGGGUACUAGGUUUGCUCACAUGCUAGCAUGUUAACUAGCUAGCAAAAUAUAACCUGUCAAUUACAGAUAGAAGAAUGAAUCAAUAAAACAUGGAUUAGUUUAUUAUGGCUACUAUGGUUCACCAAUUAGCAAAGUUUGCUAACAAGCUAAUGUGCUAUCUAACUAGCAUACUCUUACUAUCCAUCAGCAGAAGUUUGGAAUAAUAAAACAGGUUCACUAAUUAGCAUGCAAACUCUAUCUUCUUAAAUAGCUGAAUUGCUAGCUGCUUGGUUAUCAUCUAGUUCACAAACUAGCUAUGGUAUUAGCUAUGGUGUUAUUAUUAUUAUUAUAUUACAAGAUAGCAUGCUAACUAGCUAGCACAUUUUUUAGCUGUCCAACAGCUGUCAAGUACAGAUAGAGGAGUGGAGUAACAAACAGCGCUCACUAGUUAGGUAGCAUACUGUAGUUACAGGUUCUUAAGUAGCUGGUAUGCUAGCUAUUAUGCUAAUCAUCUGGUUGGGUUACUAGCAAGCUAACUUGCUAACUAAACAAUAAAGCCCAGCACCUCUCAUGUCUAGAUAGAGCUGUUUGAGAAAUAAAAUAACUAAUUAAUGUGCUAAAUAGCUGAAUUAGGUAUAUGGUAUGCUAAUAAGCUAGCUUACUAUGUAGCUAGCACAAUAAAUAUAUUUUGGCUGCCUAUCAGCUGUCAAAUAGAAAUUUACAAAGCAUGCUAAUUAGUUGGUUCAGUAAUUAGCUAGCAUAAAAGGUAGCCAUCUUAAUAACUGUCUGGAUUAUUAACUAGCUAAGCUGCUAAGUAUGUGGUUUAAUAGCAAGCUAGGUUUCUUGCUAGCUAGCAUAUUUAGAGAUGGAGGAGCUGGAGUAUUGAAACAUGCUAAUUAGCUGGUUCGCUACGUAGCUCAGUUGCUAGCCAUGAUCAAAGCCAACGAUGAUGUGGUAAAAACAGUAUUGGAGCACAGCCAUGAUGGUUUUAUUUAAUAAAAACAUGCUAUUUUACAGAUUGUUUGCUACAAAAAAUGUCUUGCAUCAAAUUUGUGUCUUUUUGUUUCAUAAAUUGUUGUUGGGAUUUAUUUAUGUUUACAUUUUGGAAAAUAAAUAAAGCAAAACACUAAAAUCUUGUCUUCUGUGUUCUUCUCUCCUUGUAGCCGCCUAGCUAAUAUGGCUAAUCUGACAGGACGUUUGGGAGAAUUUUUAGUCACAUUCAUAUUGUUCAUAAUUUUCACAUUGCUAAUGCUAGCUAGCUGACAAACCUAAGGUAGAAUGACAGUAUUUCUGAAAAGAUAUUCCACUUAUUCAAUGCUAACACUAGCCUGGAGGCUAACAUGGCUACCCUGAAGUACUUUCUGAGAGGAUUUUAUAAUCAUGUUCAAAUAUGUUCAUAAUUUUCACAGCUAAUGCUAGCUAGCUAACUAUAAUCUAACCUGACAGGAUUUUUGUUCAUUUUUAUGAUAUUCACUGCUAACACUAUCCAGCUAGCUAACAUGGCUAACCUGACAGGUUUAUUAAGAGGUCUGCUAUUCAUUAUCUUUGCUGCUAAAGAUAGCUAGCUAGCUAGCAUGACCUAACUAAACAUGAUUUCUGAGAAUAAUUUGUAUGCUGUAUACUGUAUGUAAACAUAAGCUAACUCAACAAGAUUUCUGAGAGGAUUUUUCUGUCAUAACCUUAAAUCUUCAGUGCUAAUGCUAGCAAGCUAACUAAAACGAUGUAAUCUUGACUGAUAAUGCUAAUCUGCUAGCUGACAUGUUGAGUUAGCUAAAAAUUUCUGAGAGGAUUCUUUCUGUCAAGUCCAUAAAUGUGCAAAACUGUCAUUCCUAAUGCUAGUAGGCUAACAAUGCUAGCCUCCAGGAUGUCUGAGAGGAUUUUUCAUUCAUGUUCACUGCUAACGCUAACCAGCUAGCUAACAUGGCUAACCUGACAGAAUUAUUAAGAGGAAAUGUGUUAUUCAUAAAUGUUCAUUAUUUAAUG